UUGAAGUCAUUGGUCACAUAGAGUGACUCUGAAAAUAAUACUAAUGGAGAGUUUCUCAUCUCUUCAAAUUCUGAUAAUACUGUUGGUUGGAAGCCUGUGUGUGGACUUGGGUCGUCUUGAUGUAGCAGCUCACAGCAAGAAUGGAAUGGGAGUUCAACCACUGUCUAAGAUUGCUAUUCACAAGGCUGUUUACUCUCUUCAUGACAAUGCUUCUAUCACAGCAUACCCGUAUGUUCUUGGUGCCAAGGGGGAGAGUUCCCAGUGGAUAACUGUGGAAAUUGAAUGCCCCAACCCUACUGAGGAUGACUGGGUUGCAGUAUUUUCUCCGGCAAAAUUCAACUCAUCAACAUGUCCAUCUGAUGACGCCAAACAAGACGAACCAUAUAUAUGUUCAGCUCCAAUAAAGUACAAAUUCGCCAAUGAUUCCGAUGCUGGAUACACAAAGACAGGCAAAGCAUCUUUGAAAUUUCAAUUGAUCAAUCAGCGGGCAGAUUUCUCAUUUGCUUUAUUCUCAGGCGGGUUGUCAAAUCCAAAGCUGGUGGCAGUUUCUAACUUCAUAAAGUUUGCAAAUCCAAAGGUGCCCCUUUAUCCAAGACUCUCUCAAGGGAAGUCUUGGGAUGAAAUGACAGUUACCUGGACAAGUGGUUACGGCAUUACAGAAGCUAUGCCUAUGGUUGAGUGGGGUCUCAAGGGAGAAUCUCAAACUCGAUCACCUGCUGGGACGUUGACAUUUCAUCAAAAUAGCAUGUGUGGUAUACCAGCUCGAACAGUUGGUUGGCGUGAUCCCGGUUUUAUCCAUACGAGUUUCUUAAGAGAUUUGUGGCCAAACUCCAUGUACUCGUACAAGCUAGGUCAUAAGUUAGUUAAUGGUUCGUAUAUAUGGAGCAAGUCUUAUUCUUUCAAGUCAUCACCAUAUCCAGGGCAAGAAUCAUUACAGCGUGUUGUGAUAUUCGGCGACCUGGGAAAGGCAGAGCGUGACGGUUCAAAUGAAUUUAAUAAUUACCAGCCAGGCUCCCUUAACACCACAGAUCAGCUAAUCAAGGACUUAAAUGCCAUUGACAUGGUUUUUCAUAUAGGAGAUAUCACAUAUGCAAAUGGAUACAUCUCACAGUGGGACCAGUUUACGUCACAAGUAGAGCCCAUUGCAUCGACUGUUCCAUAUAUGAUUGCGAGUGGCAACCAUGAGCGAGACUCGCCGGGGACAGGAUCCUUCUAUGAUGGUAAUGAUUCAGGUGGUGAAUGUGGUGUUCUAGCAGAGACCAUGUUUUACGUUCCCGCUGAGAACAGAGCUAAGUUCUGGUAUUCAACAGAUUAUGGCAUGUUCCAUUUUUGCAUAGCUGACAGUGAACAUGACUGGAGGGAAGGAUCUGAACAAUACAAAUUCAUCGAGAAAUGCCUUGCAUCAGCAGACAGGAAAAAACAGCCUUGGUUGAUAUUCGCUGCUCAUCGUGUUCUUGGUUAUUCCUCCUCCUACUGGCAGAGUGGUUCAUAUGGAGAGCCAAUGGGAAGGGAGAGCCUGCAGAAGCUUUGGCAAAAGUAUAAAGUAGACGUUGCAUUUUUUGGACAUGUCCAUAACUAUGAAAGAACGUGCCCAAUUUACCAGAAUCAGUGUGUGAAUACAGAAAGAUCCCAUUAUUCAGGCACUGUCAAUGGAACAAUCCAUGUUGUUGUUGGUGGGGGAGGGAGCCAUUUAGCAGAAUUUGGUCCAGUGCAGACCACUUGGAGUAUUUACAAAGAUUCAGACUUUGGAUUUGUCAAACUUACAGCAUUUAAUCACUCAUCUCUUCUCUUUGAAUACAAGAAGAGCAGUGAUGGAAAGGUCUAUGAUUCAUUCACCAUAUCAAGGGACUACAGGGAUGUGUUGGCCUGUGUGCACGAUGGCUGUGAACCAAUUACUUUGGCUCCAUGAACCUGACUUGCCCUUUUAUUUUCGUUUAAACUAUGUGUGCUUUUCUUUA